AGCUUCAAAGCACAAGACAUUACUCAGAUUACCAGUUCCCAAUACUUUUACUACCCAUUUUCAAAGCCUCCCCCUCCCCACUCUCCAACUCUCUUUCUCUGCAGAAGCUCACAUUGCUGAAGUGAAAUUGAAAAGCAUGGGGCAUUCAAGUUACAUCUUGACUUCCUUGCUUCUGGUUGUAGUGUUAAACGUGGCUAAAGGACAACCUUUGGUCCCUGCAUUGUUCAUAUUUGGGGAUUCUGUGGUUGAUGCGGGCAAUAAUAACCACUUAUAUACUAUUGUUAAAGCAAACUUCCCUCCUUAUGGAAGAGACUUCAAGAAUCACACUUCAACAGGGAGGUUUUGCAACGGAAAGCUUGCAUCAGAUUACACUGCUGAAAACCUUGGAUUUACCUCUUACCCACCAGCUUACCUCAACUUAAAGGCCAAAGGAAAGAACCUCUUGAAUGGUGCCAAUUUUGCCUCAGCUGCUUCCGGCUACUAUGAUCCUACAGCCAAACUAUAUCAUGCAAUUCCAUUGAGCCAGCAGCUGGAACAUUACCAAGAGUGCCAGAAUAUAUUGGUGGGAAUAGCAGGGAAGUCAAAUGCUUCAUCAAUUGUGUCUGGUGCUAUAUAUCUUAUCAGUGCUGGAAACAGUGACUUUAUUCAGAACUAUUACAUAAAUCCACUGCUUUACAAGGUUUACACUGCUGAUCAAUUCUCAGACAUUCUCAUGCAACGCUUUGCCACUUUCAUUAAGAAUUUAUAUGCACUUGGAGCAAGGAAGAUUGGUGUGACAUCAUUACCUCCAAUGGGUUGUCUGCCAGCAGCCAUCACUCUCUUUGGCUCUGAUAGUAACAAAUGCGUGGCAAGACUAAACAGUGAUGCUGUUAACUUCAAUAAAAAGCUAAACACUACAUCUCAGAGCUUGCAAAAAUUGCUUUCUGGUCUCAAACUGGUUGUCCUUGAUAUCUACCAACCUCUCUAUGACCUUGUUACUAAGCCUUCUGAAAACGGAUUUUUUGAAGCAAGGAAGGCUUGUUGUGGAACAGGCUUGCUAGAGACAUCUAUAUUGUGCAAUCAAAAGUCCAUAGGAACAUGUGCCAAUGCAUCUGAAUAUGUAUUCUGGGAUGGUUUUCAUCCCUCAGAGGCUGCAAACAAGAUUUUGUCCGAUGAUUUGCUAGCUGCUGGCAUCUCUCUCAUAUCCUAAU